CAUUGUUCUAAUGGCUUUCUCUGUGUUAUUUUAUUUAAGUUUCACUAACCAAUUAUUUUUCCAUAUUAUAAAUAAUACUUUAUUAAAUUUUAAAAAAGCUGAUAAAGAAGGAAAACUAAAACCUAGAACUUAAAAAAGGAGUUUUUCAACUUAUGUACAUCAGGUCUUUGAUUGAAGAAAUGCCAAAGGCAAAGUGUGUUGUUAGGAUUCAUUUACUUUUCAAAUUCUGCUAACAUCUAUGGAGCAUUUGCCAUGGGUCAAACACUACAAUACAUUUUCAUUUGUACUCUCUUGUAUUUUAAGUGUUCAGGUUGAAUCCCUUGAAGCCAGAACGGAUGGAGGCAGCAGAGGUAGGAAAAGUCCACAUAAGCACUGAAGGACCUUCCACCACCCAAAAGCUGUAGGCCUGGCCACCACUCCUUGCCAAAAGGCUUUAGUUCAUGAAAAAAGGAAAUUUAUAUCCCUGAUUUUGCUGGAACACUUCUUUCUAUAAAGCUAGGCAUACCUGAAGGCAGCUUUGAAGCUAAAAGUGGGUCAAUGGAUCGAUUAUUCCCUCUGUAUGUAUGAGAUCGGAGGUGAAGACUUUGCUGCAAAUGUAGGGCUCUCUGUGAGGUCCCAACUUGUUCCCAGUCAAAUAGCAGUGCUUAACUUAUUGCAUUUUUAUCAAUUACAUGUAUAAUUCAUACAUUUCCCCAUAUUUUUUCUUUAUUUUAUUUUAUUUUUAAAAAUAUAUUUAUUUAAUUUAUUUUUUGGCUGCAUUGGGUCUUCGUUCCUGCCCACGGGCUUUCUCUGGUUGCAGCGAGCGGGGGCUACUCUUUGUUGCAGUGCACGGGCUUCUCAUGGCGGUGGUUUCUCUUGUUGCGGAGCAUGGGCUCUAGGUGCGUGGGCUUCAGUAGUUGUGGCUCAUAGGCUCUACAGUGCAGGCUCAGUAGUUGUGGCACGUGGGCUUAGUAGUUGCGGUGCACGGGCUUAGUUGCUCCGCGGCACGUGGGGUCUUCCAGAACCAGGGCUCGAAUCCGUGUCCCCUGCAUUGGCAGGCGGAUUCUCAACCACUGCGCCACCAGGGAAGCCCCCUCCCCUGUCUUUUAAUUUUGGAAAUUUAGAAGUAUUUAAAGAAUAGUUCAGUAUGCAUUCUUUUUACCUAGAUUCACCAACUCUUAGGAUUUUUCAGUGUUUGUUUUCUCUGUUUCUAUAGACACACACACAGUUUGUUGUUAGUGUUGCUUUUGAACCAUUUGAAAGUAAGAAAUUAAGUUGUAAAAAUCAUUGCAGUUCAUUCCUCAAUACUGUAGAAUGUGUUUUCUGAAAACAAGGAUUUUGUGCAUAAUUGCAAUUCCAUUAGCACACCCAAGAAAUGUAUCAUUGAAACAAUAAUCUUAUUUAAUACAUGGCUCAUAUUCAAAUUUCCCUAACUGUCUUCAAAUUUUCCUUUAAAACUAGACCUGUUCCUACACUUUAUUUGUUUUUUCAUCUUUUAUAACACUGAUAUUUUUAAAACAACGCCAGCUAAUUAUCUUGGAGGACGUCCCCUAGUCUGGACUUGCCUAAUUAUGUUCUCAUGAUUAGAGUCAGGUUAGACAUUUUUGGCAACAAGGUCACAAAGGUGAUGGGGUGUAUUUCCCAUUUGAUCAUAAGAAGAGGCAAAUAUCAUUUUGUCCCUUUACUGAUGAUGGUAAACUUAGUGACGAUGCAUAAACUUUAGCUGAGCCUUUCUGACUUUCAGUCCUGUUAAAGGAGUGGGGCGGGCUUCCCUGGUGGCGCAGUGGUUGCGCGUCCGCCUGCCGAUGCAGGGGAACCGGGUUCGCGCCCCGGUCCGGGAGGAUCCCGCGUGCCGCGGAGCGGCUGGACCCGUGAGCCAUGGCCGCUGGGCCUGCGCGUCCGGAGCCUGUGCUCCGCAACGGGAGAGGCCGCGGCAGGGGGAGGCCCGCAUACCACACAAAAAAAAAAAAAAGAAAAAGGAGUGGGGCAUUGCUGCACUGUUCACAGUAGCCAAAAAGUGGAGACAACCCACAUUGUGCAUCAACAGAUAAACAUGGCUAAACAAGUUGUGAUCUAUCCAUACAUGGGAAUAUUAUGCAGCCAUAAAAAGGCAUGAAGUACUGAUAUACGUUACAACAUGGCUGAAUCUCAAAAACUUGAUGGUAAGUGAAAGCCUACAAAAGGUUACAUAUUGGAUCAUUACAUUUAUAUGAAAUAUCUAGAAUAGGUAAAUCCGUCAACAAAGAAUGCAGAUUGGUGCUUGCCAGGGACAGGGGAAAGGGAAAUAGGGAGUAACUGUUUAAUGGGUACAGAGUUUUAUUUCAGAAUGAUCCAAGUGUUUAGGACCCAGAUAAAAGUGGGAGUUGCACAACAAUGUCAAUGUACUAAAUGCAACUGGAUUGUUUUCUUUAAAAUGGCUAAUUUAUGUUAUGUGAAUUUCACCUCAAAAAAAAAAGAAUAGCGGGAGGCAGCUUCCUCAAUGAUGUAGAGAAAGUAGAAUCUAUGGCAGUUAAGUAAAAAUAGAGUAUAAGUGGUUGGGGACUGACUUGUGGUUUCUUAUCCAGAAUGUACCCAAGUCAAGGAAGCUGAAAUUUAGGGGAAUUACCUGGCGGUCCAGUGGUUAGGACUCUGCGCUUCCACUGCAGGGGGCCCGGUUCCAUCCCCGGUUGGGGAAUUAAGAUUCCCACAACACUGUGAUGCAACCAAAGAAAAAAAAAAAAAAAAGGAAGAGCUGUUCCUGGGUGGUGCGUGGGGCUGGCAGGCGACAGCUGCCCCUGCCGCCACCAACAUGGAGAGUUUGUACCCAGUCCCGUUCUUAGUGCUCGAAUGUCCCAACCUGAAGCUGAAGAAGCCGCCCUCGGUGCACAUGCUGUCGGCCAUGACGAUGUACGCUCUGGUCGUGGUGUCUUACUUCCUCAUCGCGGGAGGAAUCAUUUAUGAUGUUAUUGUCGAACCUCCAAGUGUCGGCUCCGUGACUGAUGAACAUGGGUAUCAGAGACCAGUAGCUUUCUUGGCCUACAGAGUAAAUGGACAAUAUAUUAUGGAAGGACUCCCAUCCAGCUUCUUGUUUACAAUGGGAGGUUUAGGUUUCAUAAUCCUGGACCCAUCCAAUGCACCAAACAUUCCCAAACUCAUUAGAUUUCUCCUUCUUUAAAUUGGAUUCGUCUGUGUCCUACUGAGUUUUUUCAUGGCUAGAGUAUUUAUGAGAAUGAAACUGCCGGGCUAUCUGAUGGGUUAGAGUGCCUUUUGAGAAGAAAUCAGUGGAUACUGAAUUCGCUCCUGUUAAUGAAGUUUUCAAGGCUGUACCAGUCCUCUGAUAUGAAAUAUGGAAAAGGAUGAAAAGCAGCAGAAAAGAAACAUCUAGUGAAAACAUAGGAAGCGUAUUAUAGCUUGGACUAGAAUGUCUUCUUGGUAUCAAAGAGACAAGCUUAUCAGUAUUUUUUCCUGCUGGCCUAUACUGACAUACCAACGAUGUUAAGUGGCAUUUUCUUCCUUUUUUAUUUCUUAAAGAAAAUAUACUUCAUUUCUACAACUAUAAUAUUGGAUAAAAUGAUUAUUUUUUACAACCCCCUUAACAUUUUUUGGAGAUGACAUUUCUGACCUUCAGAAAUGAAUGUAAAAUCAGGAAGUGAGAUCCCAUAAGCUGAGAACUCUGGACAGCUGAUCAGCUUUACCUGUGGUGCUUUGCCUUUAAACAGUGUGUGUGACAGUACAUCAUUUCAGAUAUGUAUGUAAGACUGUUUCCUGAACAAUAAGAUGUAUGAGAGGAGAAGAAAUAAAUAAUUUUUCUAAUAAAAAAAAAAGGCAGCUGAAAUUUAGGCCUUCAGUGCAACUUGGUUUGUGAAUCUAAACAAUUUUUUUUUUAAAGUAUCAACAUUAGUUUUGAGAGCUGCACGAUGUUUUGGAGUAAAUUUUUUUUAACUUUCUCUUCUGUUUGACCUCCAGUUUAGGAGAAUCGUGUUACCUUGGAUUGCUUAGUGGGAUAAAAAUAGAAAAUAGAGGUGAUCUAGUCACCUAGUGUUUUCUGCUUUCAAUCCAAUUUAGGAUCAAGGGAUUAAAAAACUAUUUUGGUGUUGUUUGUGAUAUGAAAUGGAAUCUUUAUGCAAGAUUAUGUUAUUAGAGAAAAGUUGUUAGAAGCCCAAAUAUUCAAAAACCAAAGAAUUUGAAUUAGUACUGACAACCAAUGGAAUGUUGCUCAGUCAUUAAAAAUAACACUUAUGGAGAGGUUUUAAUGCCAAAUUAAAGCAGCUAAGAUGAGAUAAUCGUAAGUGAUCAAAUACAGAAUAAAAAAUAUGUGUGAUCAACUGUGUUAAAAAAACAUAACCUGUUUGAUGGAAAAAAAAAAAGACGGGAAAAUUUAACAGUAGUUUUUGUUGGGUGACAGAAAUAUGAGUGUUAUCUUGUCUGCUUCUACUUUUUGCAUUCUCCAAAUGUAUCCUAGUAAACACAGUUAUUAUAAAAAUGGCUCCCAUUUGUCAAGCGCUUGCUCUGUGCCAGGCAGUGUAACAUCUCUCUGUUUAUUCCCCCAACAGUCCUUGGAGAGUGGUGCUGUUAUUAGCCCAUUUCACAGGUAAAGGAAUCGAGGCUCAAGAAGUAAAAGACCUCGCCCCAGGUCAGGAAGCUGGUUGGUGGCACAUUCCAACAUAAGGAGUCCAAUUUCCCAUCCACGUCUUAACCACUGUACAUGCAAAACACGUAAUGAAUGUUAGAGAUAUGCAGUGUGUAUUCACCUAGAGGAAUGUGGUUGGGUGAGUGGACCAUUGAAUUAGUAGCCGGGGGACUUUGUUUCUGGACCUACUCUUGACUCACUCUGUGAUUGAAAUUAAGUCAAUUUGCUUUUGGUCUUAGUUUCUCCACCUUUAUAGUAAAGAGAAUAAAACCUUUCAUGUGCCUGAUUCUUUAUGCUUAUGAACCUGCUUAUGUACUUGUAAUAAACACAUGUUUAUGGUGUUAGGACCAUUAGCUGGGGAUAGUUUGGUUUUCUAAAAAAAAAAAAUGUGCCUGGGUUUAAGGAUUAGGCAGAUCCAGGUUCAAGUCCUUUGGACACUCAAACUCCCUGAGCCUCAGUUUCCACAACUGCAAAAUGGGGACAGAACUCUGUACCGUGAGCAUUGCAAGGAGGAGUAAAUAAGGUUGCCCAUGCGAGACAGUUACUACUCAGUACCUAUGCCCUCCCUCCCUUGCUCCAUCAUAGCUCACCUGAUCCAACUUGGGGUAGAGAAUAAUGAGACCUGUUUAUGUUUCUUGUAAAUGUUUUGCACAUUUUAAUAAAAUAAAAUUAAUUAACGGGUACAUUGUCAGCGCACAGACCUGAGUAGAGGGAAGCAGGUAAAUCAAAAUAGAGUGAUCUUGGUAGGAAUGAGGGCAGAGGACACUCUUUUGGCCUCACUUCUAGACUCGUGGAAACUUCCAGAAUGCAAGAAAACACCCCACUGAACGGUGGAGGGCACAUGCUUCCUUAACCUUUCACACACUUUUAACCUUUAACCCACCCUGGAGAGAGCAAGUCAGUCCUCUGAUGGGUUCAAUUCAGUAUUUGGGUUAAAUCUAUACUGGGAAAUUAAUUAUUUCUAGAAAUAUAAACAUGUGCUCUGUUUUUGCCCAAAAAAACCCAACCCCAAUCUAUACCUACAUCCAUACCUAUAAAGCAGUAAUAGAUCAAGGCGCUCUUACUCAGAUACCAUGAUGGAUUGUUUGGGGACAAAGCUAUUUUUUUGUUUGUUUGUUUUUUUGCGGUACGCGGGCCUCCCACUGCCGUGGCCUCUCCCGCCGCGGAGCACAGGCUCCGGAUGCGCAGGCCCAGCGGCCACGGCCCACGGCCCCAGCCGCUCCGCGGCACGCGGGACCCUCCCGGACCGGGGCACGAACCCUCGCCCCCCGCACCGGCAGGCGUACCCCCAACCACUGCACCACCAGGGAAGCCCUAAAGCUCUUUUUAAUAAAGGUGAGAAUGGAUGGGAGCUUGGAGGACCAAAGUUAGUAGUAGAUUAGAGACUGUAGCACAUAAUAAAGAAGAAGAGGUAACGGCACUCCUUAAACCAAUAGUAACAGCUGGCAUUUGUUGAGCACUUACUCUGUGCCAGGCUUUAAGUCUUUGUCCUCCUCCCCAUUGAUAUAUUUUUCUUUUCAAAAAUAUUUUUUAGUAUAACACAUAGCCCAGACAUAAAAAGAAAAUGUCUAGCUUAGCUUAAUGUAUUACUUAAAGGCAAAUAUUCUUGUCCCUACUGUCCGGGUCAGGUUUUAUCAAUUCCUGCUUCAUCUAUUUGAAGCUACAUCAUUAGGUGCACAAAUAAUUAGGAUCGCUCUGUCAUUAUGAAACGUCAAGAGAAGUGGUAGGUGAGCUAAGGCGUAGAGUCCCUCCUGUGCUAUAUCUGUCUCUGGCAAAAGACUUCCGGGAUAUGAAGUUUGUCAUUGCAAGGUGCCCUCUUCAUGGGCACAUGCAUAAUGGCUGCUCAAUCAAGGUGAACACUUGUAGUAGGAAUUCCUCUGCAUUGCUCCCGUCCGCGACAGUUCCUCCAUGUAUCACGUCGGGGAGAUGGUGUAGGGCCAUGGGCUUUGAGAAUGGACCUUGAAUUUAGACAGGUCAGCCACUUACACCUCCGUGUAGUUUGGGCAAUUCACUUAACCUCCCUAAGCUGCUAUUUUCCCUCUUAUAAAAAGAAUGUUAGGAGUGGUAGGGCUGCUUCAUUGAUGCUGCGGCUAUAUGAGGCUUACAUUUAAAAAUAUUUUGGUGGAAUCCACAAUACAGUCCUUGGUAUACACUAAACAUCCAAGAAAUGUACCGUUGCUGUCUUGUUACAUCACCUCACUUGAACCAAGGUUCAGUUGAACACGCUUUGUAUAUAUUAGAUUCCCCCUACCUUGGGCCAAUGAUUGUACAGUACAGUGAGUAGAUGCUAACUGACCCUGAUUCCUGAGGU